AUGUCAAUGUUGUAUGGCUUACCAAAAAAUUUAGUUAUCGGUGUCGUCGGUUUUGUGAUUGGAUAUUCAGCAACAUUUACAUUUAUCGUUUGCAUUUAUUAUUUUAUCAAAUACCAGAAUGAUAUUGGAGCAUUUGAGAACUGCCCAGCCAGAAUGGGGGAAUGGGGAGAUGCGGUGCUGGACUUCUUUGCCCGAGCAGGCCAUUGUUUAACUUUGCCAUGCCGCCGGUUCAAUGAAGAUUACCGUGACCGGUUACAAAGCCCAAUAAGAAGUCCAUUAAGAAGUGCUCCAAGACUACCACCACGAGAUUACCAACGAACUCGACUUUGA